GCAACCAUUAAACUCUCAGUUGAAGCGUGCCGAGUUUAACGCGAAUGCGACCGAAAAGCAUCUGGCAAGUGUUUGUUUUAAUUUCAUAUUGCUAACGUGACCGUAACAACACACGCCCAAGAUGUGGUUUCUGAUUUAAUAAAUGAGAGACAUCACUUUUCUCAGGGGCUCAAACUGGACCAUUCUGAGGUUGAAGGCAGAUCCACCCACCAAAGAGCUGGAAUCACCUGGGGUCAGAGGUCACAGACGCAAGCGGCCGGCUUCAACAGUGACCAUCCGGAGCAGAGGACCGCUGACAAACACAGCGUCUACCCGGGCAGAUCAUGGCGAACAGCGGGCAGAAAGUUGUGCUGAUCACCGGCUGCUCCUCCGGCAUCGGGCUGCGAAUCGCCGUCACACUGGCCAAAGAUGAAAAGAAGCGUUACCAUGUGAUCGCGACGAUGCGAGACCUGAAGAAGAAGGACAAGCUGGUGGAAGCUGCCGGAGACUCCUUCGGGAAGAACUUGACUUUGCUGCAGCUGGACGUGUGCAGCGAUGAAUCGGUCAAGCAGUGCAUCAGUAACGUAAAGGAUCGCCACAUUGACAUCCUGAUCAACAACGCAGGUGUGGGUCUGCUGGGGCCGGUGGAGAGCAUCAGCAUCGAGGAGAUGAAGCGGGUGUUUGAGACCAACUUUUUCGGGGUGGUGCGCAUGAUCAAGGAAGUGAUGCCCGACAUGAAGAAGAGGAGAGAGGGACACAUCGUGGUCAUGAGCAGCGUGAUGGGACUUCAGGGAGUUGUGUUCAAUGACGUUUACACGGCAUCAAAGUUCGCCAUGGAAGGCUUCUGUGAGAGCAUGGCUGUGCAGCUGUUGAAGUUCAACAUCAGGUUGUCCAUGAUCGAGCCAGGUCCGGUUCACACCGAGUUUGAGACGAAAAUGAUGGAGGAUGUGGCCAAGAUGGAGUAUCCUGGUGUGGACGCAGACACGGUCCAUUACUUUAAAGACGUCUACUUGCCGUCGUCUAUAGACAUCUUCGAGGCCAUGGGGCAGACCCCGGACGACAUAGCCAAAUGCACUAAGAAGGUGAUCGAGUCGAGCAGCCCCCGCUUCAGGAACCUGACCAACAGCCUCUACACACCCAUCGUGGCCUUGAAGUACGCGGAUGAGACCGGCGGCCUGUCUGUCAACACCUUCUACAACCUGCUUUUUAAUUUUGGCCCACUCAUGCACAUCACCAUGAGCAUUCUCAAGUGUCUGACUUGCAGCUGCCUGCGGAGACGAACCGUGUCCCCUAACUGAGGGAGAUCCGGUUCCUCUCCUCGCGUCUAGAUUAGAGCCAAUAAGUCCAGGAGCGCUGAUUCAGAGAAAUGACAAAGGUACAUCGCAUGAGUAUAAAUCAACACACCAACUGGAUCCGUGUACAGAGGUAUGACUGAAUGAGGGGAUAUCUUACUUGUGGCUGUUUUACAGUUUGAAAAGUGUUCUAAAAGGUUUUAUAAGUCCCGUGGACAAGACUGCAAGGCACAAGCUCCGUUUCAGAGAAAGGUAACUAGAUGGUAUUAAUUUGUGUCUUUAACAAAACUUCUAUUGUGACCGUAAUCUUAUUUCACUGAGUGUUCUCAAGGUCAAAACUGCUGUUUAAUUCUAUUUGAAAUCUUUUUUGUAAAUGUUGUUUUGAAGGCUUUUAUCGUGCAUAUUUAAUCAGUCUAUUUGAUUUUGAAAUAAAAAAAAAGGAUCCUGA